UCGAGUUUAAUAAUUCAGUAAUUGAUAACCUCGGCGAGAACGACUCCCCAGGCUGCCCAACAGCGCCACCGGACCACCACUCCUUCGCAAGAAUCUUAACUGCUUGAAGCCUGCUAACGAACUUGCGGCGAACUUCGGCCAGAAGAUCUGGCUGAGUGGCACUUUUCUGGAAUUCUUGCACUGACGUUCCCAAUUUAAGAUUAUUCUAGGGUUUUAAGCUCAUUAUGGAACUCGCUGGAUCAGACUCAGAUGGCCGCGAAUUCACAAACGCCGCCGAGAUGUGGAAGGAGCAACUCGGCGAGUCUCACAAGAAAAUAGAUUGGUAUCGCAACGGCGUUGGUUAUUGGCAAGAAGUGGAUGCGUCAGUGGAUGGUGUUUUGGGUGGAUAUGGGCAUAUAACUGAUGCUGAUAUUAAGGGCAGUGAAGUUUUUCUUAACUCGCUUUUAUCAGACCCUUUGCUUGACAAGGGAAGGAGUCGUCAUCUUGUUGCUCUAGAUUGUGGCUCCGGCAUCGGUAGAGUGACUAAGAAUCUCCUUAUAAGAUACUUCAAUGAGGUGGAUCUGCUUGAGCCAGUGCCUCAUUUCUUAGAGGCAGCACGACAGAGUUUGGUCCUUGAAGGUGUAACUGACACAGACGAGCAUAGAGCUAUGAAUUUUUAUUGUGUUCCCCUCCAGGAAUUCACGCCGGAUUCUGGAAGAUAUGAUGUCAUAUGGGUCCAGUGGUGCAUUGGGCACCUUACUGAUGAUGACUUUAUAUCUUUCUUUAAGACUGCCAAGGCUGGUCUCAAACCAGGUGGAUUUUUUAUCGUUAAGGAGAACACUGCCAGAAAUGGGUUCGUGUUAGACAAGCAAGAUUGCAGCAUAACAAGGUCGGAUUUAUAUUUCAAGGAACUGUUCCGAAGGUGUGGGUUGCAUCUCUACAAAGUUAAGGAUCAGAAAGAAUUUCCAAGAGAACUCUUUCAAGUAAAGAUGUAUGCAUUGACCACGGAAGUGCCAAAGAGAAGUCGUUUGUCUAGAUCGAAACAGCAUGUUAAUCAACCAAGUAUCAUCAAGUGAAGACAUUCUUUAAGAUGAUAUCUGUUUUGGUGUAAUUUUUCACUCUUUAUCGUUUAAGUUCCUCAUUUUCACUAGCAGUGAAAAUUUGUAAUGUAAGCAAAGUGCUCGCCCUUGAUGUGCAAGGUAGCCCGAGCGAUGUAUCGAGUUGCUAUUUUGAAUAUAUUGUAGUAUUUAGAAUGAAAGAUAAGCAUGUUCGACUUUAAAAAAAAAUUCCUUAAAAAAUUAUUAGUAAUUGUUUUGAGGAGUCAA